GAGUUUUUAUUUUGUUUUCUUUUUUUAUUUAAUUGAUUCGAUGAACUUUGUGCCAUUAAAAUUACUUCUUGAGCUCCGAAAAUUCACGGAAAAUUCCGGAGAGUAUUUUAGGGCACAAAGAAUAUUGCAAAAUAUUCCCGGCCAAUGAUUUUUAAGGGAAAAUUUUAAUUCUCCCAUUAUUUCACUUGAUUAAAUUGAUUUAACUUUUAUUUAAUUUCUAGAAAAUGUAUUAUUAAUUGAUUUUUAUUCCCGAACGAAAAUCGGGGCGUUACAACGGCCAUCACCACCACUACCCCGACGUUCCAGCGUGGAUCGGAGUGGUCCAUCCUCUUCACGUCGCGGGUACGAAGCGGCCCACACAUCUCACGGUCGUCCUUCCUUUCAGCACACCCCAGCACCGGAGUACACCAGGGGGUCAGCCGGAUCAGGGGUACCCACGUCGAGCACGGCACCACCACGUCCGCAGGUAUUCCAAACUCCGCCUUAUGUUCACCCCUCGCAGGGAGCUUCUGGGUCGGCACACUUCCCUUACAUGCCAACGGGGGACAACGUGUUGAACACACCAGUAUGGGGACUUCAUAUCACUCCGCGUGCGCCAGAGCAGGGCCACACACAGCAUACAUACGAUGAGUACGGUUCGGCGUCGACGCAUCACGGAGUGCCUGCUUACUCCCCUCGCACAGCAUUCAUUGAGGACUUCUUUUUCACUGAUCCUCCCCAGGGGGAAGUAGGGAUGGAUUACUGGCACGCAGCACCUCAGGUCACACAGCCGACGCAGGAGACGGAGGCCGGUCAGGGGCCAGACGUGACACCACAGCAGGCAGCUAGAGAUAGGCACCCCCCUGAUAAUUUGACAUAUCCCACUGAGCAGAUUAGGCGUAGGAAGAAGGGAGGACCUAGCAAGCGUGCGAAGGGCACUGAUCGUCCUUGACUUAUCUAUUUGUAUUAAACUUUUAGUCAUUUAUGUUCUGUCCGUACUAUUUGAGAAACACUUUACGAUUAACUUAGUACUAUCAGGACUAUUUCAUAAACUUCUUCGGAUAAUUACUCAGUAGCAUACCCUUCGAAUGAAUCAUGACAAAUUAUCAUUCAAAUAUACAAAUAAUGAAACUAAAUAAUUCAAAUAUUUUAACCAACAAAUAAAUACUACAAUUUCUGACCAAACAUUAUCAAAACCCUAAAUCACAUACAUAUAACAUUACAAAAAUAUUUUCCUUUCUUACACACUAAAAUAAAUUACAUAUUAUUAAAAAAAAUAACUUAUUACAAAUAAAUGGAGAACGCGACCCUG